CUUUCCUGAGUGCAGCCCCGUGUCUGCCUGCCGUCAUAAUCUCACUCAGAUUCGCAUUUUGCAGGCUGAUGUUGCCCUCGAUUUAACACAUCUUACUAGAUAUGACCGUUUAAGUGUCUGUGCUGAAGGGGGGGAGGUGUUGCAGACUGUGUCAGGGAGAUAUCCGUCGCACCAUCAGUGGAAGAAGUGGGACAAGGGAGCAGAUGGCGCAGCGGAGCUGCAGGGCUGCAGCGCUGCAGGGCUGCUGACCGUUUGUGCAUCAUUGCAGAUGAGUUAAAAAUCAACGCUUCCCUUUUCCCGUGUAUCGUUUAAAGACUUGUCGGACAGCCUGGAAUAAAAGCCACCGACAGGAAGCCGUGUGUAUUUACUAAACCGAUACGACCGGGGAAGGAGAGGGGAGCGGGCAUCCAUCCAUCCACUUAAUCCUCUCUCCCGUCUCGCUCAACAAUGGUGGACAACCGCUACGCGACGGCGCUGGUGAUCGCCUGCGUGCUGAGCCUGCUGGCCACCGUGUACCUGUCGGUGGGCCUCGGCACGCAGCACUGGUACCAGUACAGCAGCCCCGCCGUGCGCGGGGAGGCCAACGUGACGGAGCUGCGCUCCCUGUACGAGGAGUUCAUGGACGGGGAGUUCGACGAGAAGACCUACAGCGACACGCUGUUCCGCCUCAACGGCACCGUGAGCCUGUGGUGGAGGUGUGUGCUGGUGCCGGACAGCCCUCACUGGAACAAGGAGCCAGAUGUCAAGAUGAAGCUGGAUUGUCGACAUUUUACUCUACCUCAGCAGUUCAUCCCUAAAUACAAAGAACCGGGGAACCACAACAGUGGAGAGGACAUGCUGCGCACCUAUCUGUGGAGGUGUCAGUUCCUGCUGCCGCUGGUGUCCCUGGGUCUGGUGGCAUUGGGUGGGUUGACUGGGUUCUGCGCCUGUCUCUGCCGAACCCUAACCCCGACCCUGGGGAUAGGUGUGCUUCACCUGCUGGCUGGUCUCUGCACCUUAGCCACAGUGUGCUGCUACCUGGCGGGGAUGGACCUGCUCCACAGGGUGUCCAUGCUUCCUGACAAGGUGGACGGCUCUCUCGGCUGGUCUCUUUACCUCGCCCUCAUUUCCUCCCCUCUUCACAUGAUGGCCGCUGCACUGCUUGUGUGGGCAGCGCGCAGCCACAGCCAAAACUACUACCGUAUGACCGCCUAUCGAGUGGCGUAGUCGUAGAUUCAAGUCUGGAUCUCAAAUCCUGUUUAAAAUUCAAACCCAACUCUGACACCAAGAUGCAUUUUCUAAUGAUAUCAAAGGACCAAUGAGUAGGCUAGUUUUUUUGUUUUUUUUUCCUUGUAAUUGAUUAAAGUGCUCAUAAUCUACAGUGAACGUCCUAAAGUGUGCUGCAUUAGUAUAUUUGAGUCCAACUUUUCACUCUAGAGGUUGUGGAGUGAAACAAACAGUACAACGUGCCGUCUAGAUCAAAAUUAUCGGCACCUUUUGAUGUACGUUUUUUAAAAUUUCUUUGGGAGCAAAACCAAGUAAACCAAAUCAUACAAUCGCAUUAUUUUGUACAUGCAUCAAUAUUAUUAAACAACAGCAAAAAGGUUUUCAUGUAAUGUUAAAGGCACCUCCUACACUAGAGGCACUGUUUGGAUCAAAUUAACGUUUACAAAAUGAAGUGGGAUUUAUGCUUGUUCCGGUACGUAGCAACGAUAGAUGCAGCAAACAUAAGGUACCAAAGUCACAGUUGGUGUUUACGUCUUGUUUCACCAACUUUUGUGUACUUGUGAUACGUCUGUAAAUCCAUUAAUACCUAUAUGAACCUCCUUCCAAUGUAUUUCUUUAAUACUCUAUUUGGCUAAUGUGCGUUGAAAAAUUUUGGAAAAAAAUGUAGACAAUGUGUACACUGUGCUAGUUAGCAAAAUGCGAUAACUAGCAGGCUUUUGAAAAACAAACUUUUACUUUGUUUUUUACAUAGAAUGAAAUGCAACGUUGUGAAGUGUACCAAUCAUGUUUGUAGUAGUUCCAGGUCGUGCUACAGUGGUGGUGACAUAGGGCCCCCAGCUACGGAGGACAUACGUCAUCAGUUUUACACGCAAGCAUAAAUGCAUAAAUCAACUAUAAAAUUCACCUCUGAUCACUUUUCAGUGUUUGAAAGACCUGAGAUAACCAAUAAUUCCCCAUUUUAAAACAUAAAAAUUAGCUAAAGACAAAGUUUUCUGAAAGUGUCAGACAUGCUUUUCUUGGAAACAUCGUUAUAACAUAAAUGUUAGGCUCCAUGAGUGACGAUCAAGAAGGACACCGUUCUUCAAAACAGUCAGAACUACUAUCUGCUAAACCUUUCAUGAAUAAGGCACACCUUUUAGAGUUUCAAUUUGCUCAUAACUAACAAAAUCGAUAAGAAGAGAAUGACUGCCCUGUCCACAGUCAAGCACAGUGGAGGUUUUACCAUGAUGUGGAGUUGCUUUGGAGCCACCGAAAGUAUCAAAAUAAUGACAAAAUUAGAAGAUUACAAAGACAUUUAUGGCACUUCUCCACUAGUACCUACUCAGCGCGCUCCGACUCGGCACGCCUCGUCUUCGUUUGUUUUUAGACACCCAGGUGAGAAGUAGGCGGGUUGGAGCGAAGCUGCUGUGACGUAUUUGAUUGUGUGAUCUAAAUAGAGAAGACAACAACACUAAAGAUGUAUAACCUGGAGGAGAUGAUAGAUGUGCUGCUGGAUCUGUGGCUUGUGUUCGACAUCAAGUUAAAAAAUGAGAGUGAGAGAAGCUUCAAGCGGCAACGCUUUUUAAUUUUUAUUUUAAAUUUUAAAAGUGUCGGCGCUGAUGAGAAGUCAGCUGGAGCCGCGAGCGGCUGAGAAGUGACCGAGCGCCUGGUAGAUCUGGUCGUUCCUUAUCGCCCGUCUACUUCCCUUUUUUAAUUCUCUCCUCAGCACCAGGUUUAUGAACAUCUGCACCUCAGAGUUGGAUCACCAAACAGACGUUUGCGCUGCCAUUGCCUGUCGAAUAAAAUGAAUAGCCGCGAGUCGCUCUCGCGCUGACUCCCCGCUUCCUGAUUCAAACAUCUUGACGGCCCCCCGACCAAUCGGUGGCCUGUAGUGUGAUGACGUCAGAUACAGCCAGACUCGGCAGAAUAGAUACAGAAAAAGUAUCUACUCGGCACGCCUCCACCCGUCUCGGCCCGUAGUGGAGAAGCGCAAGACGGGGGCGUGGCGAGUAGAGGCGCGCAGAGUAGGUACUAGUGGAAAAGUGCCAUUAGAACAAAUUGUUUCAACGAGUAACGGAAAACUUUGAACAGGACAUGAAACAUGCCUUAAUGGUACAGAAGAAACACGAAAAUAAAAACAACCAGACAUUAGUGGCUGGUGCUAAUGGGUAUGUUUUUGUGCUUGUAUUUCUUAUUUCACUAUAUAAAAGCCUUUUUGUUGUCAUUUCUGAUUUGGAAAUUUUACUAAAAUAUGAUCACGCAAAAUUACUGCCCAUCAGAGCCCAAACUGUAUUAAACAACAACUGAGCUAAGCAUGCUCAAAUAUAUAAGCAUGCGUACUAAGUUCGGUUGACCUCAUUUUAAUUUUUAUUUAUGUAUGUUGUUGACCCGUUUUGCAACACAACAUACACAACUACCGGUAAAGCUACAACUCUUAAAUUAAAAAAAUAAAAAUCUUAAAAAACAGAGAUUGAAAACUCAUAAAAUUACAAUCUUGGAAGAAAAAGAAGUAGUCAGUGAAGUUGCACAUUGAUGGAUGUCUAUCGAUAUGCAUCAGUCAACGGUGAUGAUAUUAAAUGAAGGUUAUGGUGUGGAAGUCAUCAGUCGUUUAAAAUAUUUCACCUGCAGGACAUUUUUCAGUGUGCUGAUCACACCCUUAGUUUCGAGUCAGUGUAAUCUCUUUUGUUGGACGCACCCAAUGUUUAAAAAAAAACAAACAAAAGUAAAAGUCGACAGCAUUCAUAGCUGUAGAUGUUUGACACACCUCGAAUACAAAAAAAAAACCACAGUCACAUUUUUCUUUUUUAACCAGUACCGUUUUGUAAUCUGUGCUUCAUCCGCUUUGACACAGCUGUCAAUCAGGAGUCUGCUGAAAGACCACUAUUGCAUUUAUAUUUGUCAUUACAAAAGAAAACCUCAUUUGUUUUUUUUUUGUUUAAUUUAUUUAUUAUUGAAGUUGUAAUGUUAGAUUGUGGUUUUGUUUCUGAUUUCUUUACCCAGUGUGAUGUUUAUUUUCCUUGCCAGCAUAUGCAGGGUCAAUCUUUGAUAUAAACAAGCUGAAAACUGGGCCCCAUGCGGGAUUCUCUGGGAUCCAGUCCUGGGUUGGCUCCCCGUAUUUCAGCUUAUUUGUACUAAAUGCGCCCUGCAGUUCUUCCAUAUUUAUUUAUUUUGUAGAUUUAUGUUAUUUUUUUGACAUAGUUGUGGGUAAAAACCUGAUUUUGUUACUCCCUUUUGUGAAUUUGGUUUCCUGUUUGGUGUUUGAUGUGAUUUUGAUUUAAAAAAAAAAUGGAUACAACAAUUUAAAGGAACUUAAGGGAGAUAGUUUUACCCUUCCUCGGCAUUAUGAAUGUACUUUAUCAGCCAUAUUAUGAUAAGCUCCAGUUUUUAUUUGCACUUGGUUUUUUUAACAUAUCCUGACUAUUCCUAUAGUAAUCUGUAGUAAAACUCUAUUUUUUGUAUGUCAGUGGAUUAGCACUGCUUUGAAUCGUUUCAUCUUAUCCAUGGAUGUCUGUAAAUGAAGUUUUAUGUGUGUUUUGAUAUAUCUCAUGCUGAAUCAGACCUAUUUCCUAAAUUCAACCCUCAAACAAACUUUCAUAAACGAAUGCAUUUUAAUGUGUGAAUCUGCAGUAAAAGUGGCUGUGAGCUGAAAUGGUUUACUUUUGUGCACAAAUAUUGCACGUGAGUGUGUGCAUCACCGUAUACAUGCUGUCACUACAAUAAAAGCUUUCUUAAAAAUUUAUUUCACAUCAGUCUCAUGUUGGGGACGUCUUCAUUCCUCUUCCUCGGAUGCAAAGCCCUUCUCGCUCUCUUGUCUCUCCUCGUCCGUCUGCACCCGGAUAGCAGGGAUCACCACACGCCUCUUUCUGGCCAGCGAGAGCGCGAUGCCUUUCUCAUAGUAGGCACACUCGUUGAUGAAGAAAGGAUAAAGGGGCUCGCUGCCUUUAUACCUCAGCGUUUCGCCUGCGAACGUCUGGAACAGGGGGUCUUGAGGAUGGAGCAGGCAGAAGUCUCGGUCCUGUGGAGUUAAGAUGUCAGUUAGGUUGAUGAUAGUAAUGAGCCACAAGUGUGAGAUUUUGAAACUACAGGGACAUCUCUCCUUUUUGCAAUAUAGGUUUUGGAGCAGUGGAGAAAACUAAAAGUAUGUCACUGAAUGGGCUGAGGUAUAAAAUGAUAAGCAGAAUGUUUCACAGCAAAUUGGCAAAACACCCUUUAACCGCCGGCAAUCACAUGUUGCCAGGCUUUCCUCCUUUAUGAUCGGCUACAUCGAUCUAAGACCUUGAAAUGAAACUCAACAGAGUCUAGAUUCCUGCCCCAAAAUGCCUCUUAACCUCCAUGAAAACUACAUCUCUCCACUUCUGUGUAAGGCAAAUUUCAAUGAGCUCAGCUGCUGAACAGCAUCUUCUUUGUAUGUCCUCUUUUUCUUUCCUGUGCGUCUCAGGGGUUUUACAUUCAGUAAUACAACCAAACGGUGUUUCAGGGGUUAGAAGUAGCUUCUACAAACGAAUGGCCAGUCAUGUUCCAUGUGAACAAAGAUUUAUCUGGGUUUUAAAUCUUAAGGUUGUGUUCUGUAUUUAUGGUUCCCUGCAUUCUCGCUCGUUUGGAGUGCAAGACUCUGAAAGUGUGGAUCAAA